GAGGAAGAGCAGCGUUUGAUUGGAUGCGCAUGCAAGGCUGUCUGAGAAGGGAAAAUAGGCACGCGAGCAGUUUUGACUGGUAUAUAGUUCCCUCAGACUUCCCACGAUGAAGGACAUCACCAACACAAACCACUGUCUUCACUGCUCAGCAACAAUACAACAACACUCUACGACUCUCGUUUGAGACUACUACUACCAACACCUUCCACAACAAUGCAUUUCCAGAAGCUCGCUCUUGUCUUUGCCCUUUCGGCCAUCGGUCUUGCUCAGGACGUUGACCGGGACGAUGUUCCCAUGCAGUGCCGCGAUGUCUGCUCUUCUGUCACUAGGCUGACACGCGACUGUGACAACAGCACCAACGACGAUACGGCCGAGCGCCAAUGCAUCUGCAACGGCCAAAAUGCAAACACCGUCGUCCCCCUCUGCGCAGCAUGCAUCAUGCAGAACGGCGGAGAGAUGGACAAUGACGUCAACGACAUCGUCCGCGAAUGCUCCUUUAGUACAACAUCCUACAACCCAUCCGCCGCUGCUACAGCGCCCCCGGCUUCUGCUUCCGCGACGGGUGCUUCUGGCUCGGGUGGUCCUGGUAACAGUAAUGGUCCUUCGGGUACUGGUGCUUCUGGCAAUGGUAAUGGAAAUGGUAACGGCGAUGGCCCAGGCAAUGCUGCACCCGCGAACAUGGCUUCUGCGGCUUUGGGGCUUGGUGGUUUGCUCGCUGCUGUUGGACUUGUCUUGUAGAUGGUGUGGAUGCAAAGCUUGUUAGAAGGACUUGUGCAUGGUGUGGUGGAGGUAAUUUAUCAGGUGGAUGUUGUUGCUACUCUGGGUAGUUGAUUGCUCUGACGAAUUCAAUGGAG